AUGGUGUAUUCCAAGGUACUCGGAGCCGGGUUGUGCUUGUUGGCGGUCACCAUUCUCGCGGCGCCUCCGGCCAGAAUUGGGAUCAAUACUGCAGGCAAGCGUCCUGCGCAAGAUCACGACUCCAUACUGCCUAAGCGUCCCAAAUCUGAGGCUUUCACUGAGGCUAUCAAAGCAAACGAGGAGGAGUAUAUGUUACUGGACGAACCGCAAUCCUCUUUCGUAGAUCCUGCCGAACUUCGAACGCAUGGAUGGGCCGUGAACACAGAGCAAUCUAAGGACAGCCUUGAUAUUGAUUCUCUUGUCGCUGGUCUGCACGGCCUGGGAGUGAGCACGACUCGCGACCAAUAUACUGAGAAGCAGGUCGUCCAUAAAGAGUCCGCACAGUCGAAGGCCGACCCCGUGGCGCUAGAUGGCCCCAAUGCCGACCAUCCCUAUGCGUCUUAUACUCAGUGGCUCGAUAUCCAGCAAGGCGCCAUGAUCGUGGAUGCGACAGACUUAGGACAAGGCCAUCCGUCCACCGCACAUCAAGCCUCCACCCAACCUCUCCAAGAUCAUACCCUACAGCUAUGGGAGUGGCACGACGUAGCAUAUCUAGUAUGGGCCGAGGCUUGUGCGCAACACCGACGCCAUGCUUCAGCCAUGAGCUGGCUGAUCUUCAUCAAUGUCAAGUCUGCCUCUACGUUGAUGAUCCUCCAGGAUAUAUUCGGUCCGCACCUAGAGAACCUUCUAUCCGGGCCCGGCAUGCAGUUCUCUGCCACUGAGGAAGGCGGUGAAGCACUGCUAGGCUCUGAAAUUGGGCUGCUGGCCAGACACUUCCUCUCCUCACACCGACAAGAGUUCGGCAGAUCCAACAUCGAAUCUGUGGAUAUCUUCUCGGCCGAUAGCCAGGUGGUGAACGUGAGACUUCCAGUGAUGGCUUUCUCUAUCACGAAGACAGGUAGUCCAGAACUCGGAGUAGAUCUGCGUCUGGGGUUUGCCACGGACAAGGCCGCCAACGUGAUGACUUCGGGAGUACAAAGUGGCUGGGGUUCGAGCCGCUAUAGUCUUGAGAAGACGAUCAAUCGCAAUGGUAAAACAUGGCUUGCGACCGAGGCCAAAUACCGAGUGUACCUCAAUCGCAGGGAUGAGGUCGUUGUGACCACACUCAUGGUAAGCCCCGAGCAGGCUGCUGCACUGAAGCCGAACCUGGAUAAAUCGAGCCCACAGGGGACCGCACCUACGAUCUCCCAAUGGUCUGAUUUUACGCAUCAGUUAUGGCGUAUCAGCGUUCAACCGCCAUCGCAACCAUGGAAACCGACUUGGCUGUUCUUCCCCCUGAUCUUCGACGGGGAGACGUUGCAACGUCUUCAGUACGAUCGCAAUUCUCAGCCGAUCGCCUUUCCUGGAAACACUUUCGAUGGUUCUUCUGAAGACGGUCGGAGUCUACUGAACACACCGCUCGGACGACAGGCCUUACACCUUAUCUCGAAUAUGCAAAAUGCCCACGAUUCCGCGAAAGGCUCCAUCGACGUCAUCCAUGUAUACUCGAUCAGACGUAAUUGGGCAGCUUCGUCCCGGCUUGCCACUGGUAACGUGAUCAAGAUGUCGACCAGACCGUGUGUUGCUAUGCAUGUCAAGUGGGAGUGA